AUGCUGCGGCAACAAUUGAUCCGGUCGCUGAAGAGGCCUGCCCACCGCGCAGCCCUCAAUGGCAGCCGGGCCUUUACUGCCUCGGCGCCCCGGCCAGCAGAAGUCGAGCUCACGAUAGAUGGAAAGAAGGUAUCAAUCGAAGCCGGUUCCGCCCUCAUCCAGGCGUGCGAAAAGGUCGGAAGCACGGUGCCGCGAUACUGCUACCACGAGAAGUUGAUGAUUGCUGGAAGUUGUCGAAUGUGUCUGGUCGAGGUGGAGCGGGCGCCCAAGCCCGUGGCCUCCUGCGCCUGGCCUGUACAGCCUGGCAUGGUGGUCAAAACCAACUCGCCGCUCGUCCACAAGGCGCGAGAGGGUGUCAUGGAGUUCUUGCUGGCCAACCACCCGCUGGACUGCCCUAUUUGCGACCAAGGAGGCGAGUGUGAUCUCCAGGAUCAGUCGAUGAGAUACGGCGCAGACCGCGGCCGGUUCCACGAGAUGGGCGGCAAGCGUGCCGUCGAGGACAAAAACAUUGGGCCCCUAAUCAAGACUUCGAUGAACAGGUGCAUUCAUUGCACACGAUGCGUCCGCUUCUCCAACGACGUCGCCGGUGCUCCGGAAAUGGGCUCAACGGGCCGUGGUAACGACCUGGAGAUUGGUACUUACCUCGAGACUGCCCUUGACACCGAGCUGUCCGGAAACGUCAUCGACCUCUGCCCCGUUGGUGCUCUCGUCUCGAAGCCCUAUGCUUUCAAGGCACGACCGUGGGAGCUAUACAAGACCGAGACCAUUGACGUGCUCGAUGGUUUAGGUUCCAACAUCCGCGUCGAUUCUCGAGGCAUUCAGGUUAUGAGGGUUAUCCCGCGUUUGAAUGAUGACAUCAACGAGGAGUGGAUCAACGACAAGUCCCGCUUCGCCUGCGAUGCCCUCAGCACACAGCGCCUAGUCAACCCGCUUAUCCGUGUCGAUAACCAGUUCCAGCCUGCCACCUGGGAGCAAGCGCUCGUCGAGAUCGGCAACGCCUACAAGAAGAUUGCCCCCAAGGGAAAUGAGUUCAAAGCGGUUGCUGGUCACCUUGUGGAGACGGAGGCUCUAGUGGCCAUGAAGGACCUUGCGAACAAGCUUGGUUCGGACAACUUGGCUCUCGAUCAGCCUGGUGGCAGCGAGCCCAUUGCACACGGUGUCGACGUUCGCUCCAACUAUGCUUUCAACUCCAGGAUCUACGGUGUGGAAGAGGCCGAUGCUAUCCUCCUCAUUGGCACCAACCCACGGCACGAGGCCGCCGUCCUCAAUGCUCGCAUCAGAAAGCAAUGGUUGAGGUCAGAUCUACAGAUUGGUCUUGUCGGCGAGGACUUUGAGAGCACUUUCGAGUAUGAGAAGCUCGGCGACAGCGCUACUGACCUAAAGAGCGCUUUCUCUGGCGAAUUCGGAAAGAAAUUGCAAUCUGCGAAGAAGCCCAUGAUCAUUGUCGGUAGUGCCGUUACCGAACAUGCCGAUGCUAAGCACAUCUAUGAGCAAGUCGGCGCGUUUGUCGAGAAGCACAAAGCCAACUUCCAGACACCAGAAUGGAACGGCUACAACAUCCUCCAGCGAACGGCUUCCCGGACAGGUGCAUUUGAGGUUGGCUUCACAGUUCCUUCGCCUGAAGUUGCGCAGACCAAGCCCAAGUUCGUCUGGCUAAUCGGAGCCGACGAGAUCAACGAGGCAGAGAUCCCCAAGGAUGCUUUUGUCGUUUAUCAGGGCCACCACGGCGACCGAGGCGCACAGCUAGCUGAUGUGGUGUUGCCUGGUGCGGCCUACACCGAGAAGUCGGUCACAUAUGUCAACACCGAGGGUCGCGUACAAAUGACUCGCGCUGCUGUUGGUCUCCCCGGCGCUUCAAGAGAAGACUGGAAGAUUGUCCGCGCAGCUUCAGAGUACUUUGGUGCUGAGCUGCCUUAUGACGAUGUUGAGCAGCUACGAGACCGCAUGGAGGAGAUUUCGCCCGCUUUAAGGAGAUACGAUCUCGUCGAAUCAGUUUCGUUGCCUGCCCUGAGUAAGAUGCAGCUGGUAGAUCAGAACAAGGGAUCACAGGCGUCUGGCCAGCCACUCAAGAAGCCGAUUGAGAACUUCUACUUCACAGACUCGAUUUCGAGAAAUUCACCGACGAUGGCCCGUUGCUCAGCAGCAAAGGCACAGAAGAACUCAAAAACCAACUUCAUGGCACCCGGUUACCCGCAUGCGCAAGUGCAUUACGGCCCGGACCCGACAGCAGCGGCUGCAACCAUAUAA